GAUGAAAUGAGAUUCUGGCGAAACUUUCAAUUUGUAGUAGCGAAAAUCUGCACCGCACAUGGUUUCUAAAAAACCAAACACCGAACUGAAAUUGUAAAUUGAUCGUUGUUCCGAAAUUUAACUCGAAAGCGUAAACGGAAAUAAAAUAUGCCGAAGAAAAAGUUUAUUGACAAGAAGCACGCAACGACCUUUGUGCUUGCAAACCGAUCGCAAAGAGAUCCACUCCUGGCAGACGAAGAUGCGCCUAAAAAUAUCCUCCUCCCACUGGACCAAGUGCCGUCCCUGGGAGGGCCCAACCCUGGCGGAACGAGUAGUGGGAAGCCAAAGGAUGAGAAGGACACAUUUGCCACCCGAAAAGAAGAACAAAUGAAGUAUGGGAUUUAUUUUGACGACAAGUACGACUACCUACAGCACUUGAGGGACAGCAGGGAAGUUUCAAAUAUUGAGUGGGAUUAUUGUGAGAGAAUAUAUGCCCCAGCGCCACUGCCUCGUUCUUCCGAGAACGGUGCAACGAGCUCAAUAGUUCUCACAAAAGAUGAUUUAAAGGACGUAAAGUUAAAAUUGCCAUCAUCUCUGUUUGAAUCCGAAUAUAAGGAGGACAUUGGGCUAUUAAACAAAGCAGCAACAUCUCGAGGACCCCGACCGGAUUUAGACCCUGACAUUAUCGCUGCCUUGGACGACGAUUUCGACUUUGAAAAUAAGGAAUAUGAAUUGGAGGACAAUUUUGUUGAAUUAGCCAAUCUAGAACAAGGUGUUAUCGAAGGUGAACCCACGGCUGAAGAUUUAGAAGGUUUAUUUAGCAGUGAUGACGAAGACGGUAAUAAUUCUGAGCACGAUGAUUACGAAGAUGAAAUGGGAGACUCGUUAGGUAGUUUAAAAGGUCCACAUCAAUACAUGUCGGAUGACGACGACGAAAAUAAAUCUCGAUUCACCAACUACUCGAUGUCGAGCUCUGUUGUAAGAAGAAACAAACAGUUGCUGUUGGUUGAUGACUGUUUUGAGAAAAUGUUUGAAGGAUACGAUGACACAGAAAUUGGGGCGUUGGAUUGCGACGAAAUCGAGGGCCACAUCAAUGCAGAUUCAGACUUGUUACUGAAAUAUGCCAAUGAAUUUGAACAGGACAGGAAAAAAGAAGAGCUCAUAAAUGAGAAAAUUUCCAAUUUAGCACUCAGAGAAGAAUCAGACUCGAAUGAUGAUGAAAUGAGUGACUCUGACGAAGAUAAAGUAAAUAGAGACAAGUGGGAUUGUGAAUCAAUUUUGUCUACGUAUUCAAAUACCAAAAACAGGCCUAAAUUGAUUUCUGAACCAUCCAAGAAAAAUCACAUAAGAAUCAGUGGGAAGACCGGAAUUCCAGUUGACGUUCUUGGGAAAGGGCUAACAAAACAUGCUUUGAAAACCUUGGAUGAUCAGUAUGCGGUGGAACAUAAUGUUCCAACUAAGUCAAUCAUGAGUGGGGUUACUUCAAUCAGAAGCAAAACUGAAACUUCUGAUGAACGGCGAGAUCGAAAAAAAUUAGUAAAAGAAUAUCGUCGGGAGCGCAGAAUGGAACGGAAAGCUAAUACUGAAGCAUUCAAGGACGAGAAAAAACGACUAGAGAAAGUUCGAAUAAAUGAUAAGCACAAUAUACCUACUUUAAAACUUUGAUAUGUAUAUCCAUACCGUUUAUCCUUACCGAAAUAUAUAAUUUGGUAUACACAAUAGUUUUAAUACGAAACAAAUAAAUUAUACGUUUGUUGCAACAAUGUA